AACUCUGCCCUUACUUACCUCGUAUCUUUCUGGUCCACCUCCUAUCGCAAUGAGAAACAGUUCUUCAUAUCAGUGUAUAUAACCAAGGCCGCACAAGCCAAUCUAUUCUGCUUAUCUUUCAUGGUAAUGCCGGUCCGUGUACGCGAUAUAAAGCUCACAUGAAUGAAUAGCGGCCUCCGAAAGCUUAAGUAUUCUGUCUCCAGUGUGUAUCUACUCUCGCGACGCUGUUGAGAUGCUUUCGACUUGCUUGGGUCUUGCGGUGCUUUUGUCUACCUCCAUUGUAACAGCUCAUCAUCACGAACAAGUCCUCCUUUCGGGCGAUGACUCUCACUCUCAUCCCAAUUUUGAUGAUUCGAAAUCACAUCCAGAAACUUGGCUGAGCAAAUAUGGACCUCAGAUUGACCAGCCAUUCUCUGGUCCGCUCUCUUUUUCGCACCUACCCUAUACUCGAUGUCUCGAAGAUGAAUCAGCUCAAUUCGACAUUGCCCUAUUGGGCAUGCCAUUCGAUACCGGUGUGACUUAUAGACCAGGAGCCAGGUUUGGUCCUUAUGCUAUUCGCUCGGGAAGCAGGAGGCAGAAGGAGAGCCGAGGAUAUACGAUGUCUUGGGGAACCAAUCCAUACACACUGGGUGCGAAAAUAUUGGAUUGCGGCGACGUCCCGGUCAGUCCAUUCGAUAACGCGCUGGCAGUUGACCAAAUGGAGGUCGCGUACUCCUCCCUUCUCGCGCGACCAGUGACCGAGAAAGGCCUUGCCAUUCCGCUUUCUAACCGUGUCAGUCAUCUUGCUUUAGACGGCAAGGAACACCCUCGUAUAGUUUCGCUUGGUGGUGACCACACAAUUGUCCUCCCCAUCCUUCGAUCUCUGCAUAAAGUUUACGGCCCCAUUUCUGUUAUCCACUUCGACGCCCACCUAGACACAUGGGCAGCUUACCCUGGCACAAGUACCGAACAAUCCCGCGUCACUCACGGGACGUUCUUCUACUUGGCUAAAGAGGAGGGCUUAAUGAGUAACCACAGUAUACAUGCUGGGAUUAGGUGCAAACUUGCUGGAAUCGAAGAUUUGAAGAACGAUGACGAAGUCGGGUUCCAAUUGAUAUCUGCGGACGAUAUUGAUGAUCUAGGUGUCAAUGAGAUCAUCCGACGGAUUCGUGAACGCAUCGGAAACACGCCUGUUUAUCUAAGUUUGGACAUUGAUGUUAUUGACCCGGGUCUCGCGCCAGCUACUGGUACUCCCGAAGCGGGUGGAUGGACCACUCGUGAAGUCAAACGAAUCAUCCGAGGUCUCGCAGGUCUCAACUUCAUGUACGUCAUGUCCACUCCCCUUGCUUCGUUAACGUAUCAUUUCACCCCCGACAGUGGUGCAGAUAUAGUAGAAGUAGCACCAGCCUACGAUAAUGCGGAGAUCACGGGUAUUGCAGCUGCAGACAUCGUACACGACUUCUUGUCCAUGCUCAUGGCUAAGGAACCUCCUAAGCGAAGUGCCGGGGCUUGGGUUCCUGCAAGGGACGAGCUCUGAGACUAAGUAACAAAAUGUAUCACAAAGAGGGAAUCCGAUGACACAAUAACAUGCUUGAUUUGUUUGAAACCGCUGCAUCUCUCGCUUUCUGAAGCAUUUGGUUUUGCUUUACAUUAUCCAGGUUCCGAGACGGCUUGGCCGUCCAUCUCCCUCUUACAGGUAUGAUCGCAUAUUCCCUCUUGGUCUGACACUGACCAUCCACAAUAUUGAGUGCCAGUGUUGUCAGGCACGGUGCAGGCGAUCCGAGGGACGCGAAUAUGGCAUCUACAUCUUCCUUGAAUCGGUUAUAUAUUGUCAAGGAGGUCGAAUCUAGGUGCAUGCGCAAGCAAGUCUAAGCCGUGGAGGUAUUGAAUUACGGCAACACUUUGUUGGGAAGUCGUAUGUUCAUAAUUGGUGUUAGCUCUUCUGUCAUAGUGCAUAUCAUGUAUAUCAUGAAAUGCGCAUUCUCGCUAUCCUUUUUCAUAUAGGCCAUGCCGGUUCCGUCGUCGCUGCUCAACUUGAAAUCG